UGCUGGGCAGGAAAAAAGGAUUCAUGAGAGAUUCGAUGGGUACCGAUAUAUAAUAUUCAUAAGCAAAACGUCGUGCCACUGGCAUCGGCGCAGGCGUGACCAUAGUCGCUUCAUUGCGCCAUGCCGUUCAUAUCACAUUGUUCUGGUACCUGCUGGCCGAAACGAGACAAAAGUAUUCCUCGUUCAUUCGUGCGACCUUACUCCAUUUCGCUAUGUCAACGAGAACGUCGUCCAUGUUGACUCUCGUUUUCUUUCUGCCAUUUGUGCUUUGUCAAACGCCAAUGGAUUUGGUGGUCGUGAUAGAGGAAUCCGAUUCGUCUAUUUUGGGCAUAUUAAAUGACGCGGUUCCAGAGGCAGAACGAAUUUUUGCUAAUGAUAUGAUCACCGUUCACGUUUCUACUGUCACGGUGAAUCGCGAGAACGUAGACGCAAGUUUCGAGAAAGUCUGUGCCGUUCUGUAUAAAGGAAUAAGUAUCAUACUAGAUAUGACGUGGACAGGUUGGGAUAAACUGCGAAAUGUCGCGGAUGAGAGGGGAAUAGUAUACAAACGUGGCGACUGCAGUAUAUGCCCAUACGUUCAAGCGAUUGAUGAUCUUUUGAUUAUGAAAAACGCAACGGACGUUGGUUUGAUCUUUGAAGAUGAAAGAGAGCUAAAUCAGAGCCUUUAUUAUCUUAUCGGAAAUUCGAUAAUUAGAUUGGUGGUCAUCGACGAAUUGACGGAAAGAACUGUGUCGAAAAUACGGAGUAUGCGACCGUCACCGUCUUAUUAUGUCAUUUAUGCUAGCACCCAAAAAAUGGAAGAACUGUUUAAAACGGCCAUUGGUGGAGGACUCGUUAGAAGAGAGGGUAUUUGGAAUUUAGUAUUUACAGACAAUAAUUAUCACGAGUUUCGAUAUAUUACCGGUAAUCUUCAGAUAAAUGUUUCAUUCACCGUUCUUAAUAUGAAGACUGACAUUUGUUGUCGUUUAAUGGGUGACGUGACCUGCAACUGCCCCCAAAAUUUUAAGAUAUUCCCAUAUUAUUUCAAACGUUUGAUCGGCUUGAUCGUAAGUUUGAUGAGCGAUGUUCAAAGGGCGGGUGUAAGUGUAACUCCAAAGACAGGUCAGUGUGAUAAACCCGUUAAUUCCACUUCAGCUUCGAACAUUACAGCGGAAACGUUUAACAAAAUUUUAAUGACAAGAUUGGACAGUAACGACACUUUCGAAUAUUUGACAGAGAAGGCGAUGAUCACUUACAAGGCAGAAAUCGAGUUACAAUCGGUUAGUCAUGGCUAUGUAGAUGCGCUCGCAACUUGGACGAGACGUACAAAAAUUAAAGAAGCAGACGGGAGGAAAAUAGAACCAGCCAGGCGAUUCUUCCGGAUUGGAACGGCACCGGCAGUACCAUGGACCGUAGUUAAAAAAGACCCAGUGACAGGCCAAGAAAUGCGUGACGACGACGGAAAGGAAAUCUGGGAAGGUUACUGUAUAGAUUUUGUGAGAAAAUUAUCCGAGGAGAUGCAGUUCGAUUACGAUUUUGUUAUCCCUGAAGAUCACGAGUUUGGCAGAAAAUUGCCUAAUGGCGAAUGGAACGGUCUGAUAGGUGAUCUGGCUAAAGGAGAAAUUGAUAUUGCUGUGGCGGCAUUAACAAUGACGUCGGAGCGAGAAGAAGUCAUCGAUUUUGUUGCACCCUAUUUUGAACAGUCCGGUAUAUUAAUCGUAAUGAGAAAGCCAGUCCGUAAAACAUCCUUAUUUAAGUUCAUGACGGUACUAAGACUGGAAGUCUGGCUAAGUAUCGUGGGAGCUUUAACUUUGACCGGUAUCAUGAUUUGGAUAUUAGAUAAAUAUUCACCAUACAGUGCAAGAAACAAUAAACGACUUUACCCCUAUCCUUGUCGAGAAUUCACAUUAAAGGAGAGCUUUUGGUUCGCAUUGACAUCUUUUACGCCGCAGGGCGGUGGCGAAGCUCCAAAAGCGUUAUCAAGCAGAACACUGGUUGCAGCUUAUUGGCUAUUCGUUGUACUGAUGCUUGCGACUUUUACCGCAAACUUAGCUGCUUUCCUUACUGUGGAAAGAAUGCAGUCACCUGUGCAAUCAUUGGAGCAAUUGGCAAGGCAAUCACGCAUAAACUAUACCGUUCUAGCCAAUUCUAGUGCUCAUCAAUAUUUCAUAAACAUGAAAAAUGCCGAGGAUAAGCUUUAUACAGUAUGGAAAGAAAUUACAUUAAAUAGCACCAGCGAUCAAGUAGAAUACCGCGUCUGGGAUUAUCCGAUAAAGGAACAAUACGGUCAUAUUUUGCAAGCCAUUACUCAAGUCGGACCGGUCAAGACUACCGAGGAUGGUUUCAAGAAGGUGAUAGAAAGCGAAAAUGCCGAGUUUGCGUUCAUUCAUGAUUCGUCGGAGAUAAAAUAUGAAGUAACGAAGAACUGCAAUUUAACGGAAGUAGGCGAAGUAUUUGCCGAGCAACCGUAUGCUAUUGCCGUGCAGCAAGGCAGUCAUUUGCAGGAAGAAAUAAGCAGAAAGAUACUCGAUUUACAGAAAGAUAGAUACUUUGAGACAUUGGCAGCCAAGUAUUGGAAUCAAACGUUGAAAGCCCAAUGUCCGAAUUCCGAUGACAAUGAGGGAAUUACGUUAGAGAGUUUGGGAGGUGUAUUUAUUGCGACUUUGUUUGGACUGGCAUUAGCGAUGAUCACUUUGGCCGGUGAAGUUCUUUACUAUCGCAAACGCGGCGCUUCUCAGAAAGGAAAGCCGAAUGACAAAAGGACGAUUAAGGAUACCGAGAACGACAAGAUCAUGCAGAAAAUCGCAUCGAAGCUUCAAAUGAAGCCUGCGCCUACUGACGCACUUUUUGGCAAACAGCUUAGCCACACGCCCCGUGUUUCACACAUUUCUGUUUAUCCACGGCAUUUCCCUAAAGAGUGAACCAAAUUUUCACUCGAUGAUCCAUCGUAUUACGGACUCGCAAAUCAUUUCUGGUUAAUCCUUAUAUGUUUUUCAGAGUUUUCUCCUUUUAUAAUCACUUUUAACACUUAGAAUCUAUCACAAAAGUCAAUAAGUAGAUUUUAAGAUGAAUUAAUCGCAUUACGAUUAGUGUAUUUGUCAAAAGUUAGUUGGAUUUAGACUAUAUUGUUUCAUUAUAAAAUCAUUGUUAAUUAAUGAA